UUGUUAGAAUAGUCGCUUGCCGCUUGUUGCGUUAGAUUAUUGGAAUAGAUUGAUUUUUGAUAUAUGUCUUUAUUUGUGAAAAAAUAAUAAUAAAAUAAAUAACUAAUAUUUUAAAUACGUCGACAACCAAUGACAAUGGGGAGGCGUAGGAAGUUGUAGUAUAAUUAUCAAGGCUGUGUUCUCCUGGGCGUAUAGAGCGCUCCUCGCUCCUCGGUGCGGCUGCUUGUCCGCAGUUUGCAGCCCGCAUCAUUUAGCCGCCGCCGCCGACCUCUGCCGCACGCCCGGCUCCGCUCUUCGUAUAAACAAUGCAUUCCGCGAUGACCGACGCUAACCAUCUGGUGUAACUAUAUCAAACAUAAGUGUGGGAAACAGUGCGUCGAGAUUCACGAACCAUGUGGAUCCCGGUAUAUGUGUGUUCUUUUCUCGCGACGGCGGCUGCAGCUGGUGACUUCUUCAGUGAUGGUGAACCGACGGUUUUUCGAAAAUGUUGCCCUCGGCAACAUAGUCUCGUCAAGGUGGUGUCGGAUCGCUACAAACAUUUCGACUGUUUGAACCGGCUGAACUUGGAGGAAACUUACAAUAUUUCAUAUUCCCCUUUGAUAAUAAGCGAUGAACAAUUCGUUUCCGUUGAUUAUGGCUUACCAAUAUUAUGCGAUGGUGUGAACAUGACAGUGAGUGCGGUUGAUUUUGAAGCUAAGUUAUCAACUUCCUUGAAUAUCUGUUAUGAUAGGUUAGUGGCAGAAGUCAGCAAUGGCACGGUAAUCCCAUACAUUCCUCAAACGAUAGCAUUAACCUGUAUAAACAAUGAAACGGAAACUAAAUCGGAAUCAGCCUUACAAAUAAAUCACGUGCGAAAAUGCUGUAGAAAAGAACAAGUUUUUAACGAUAGGAAUCAUGUGUGUGUAGAUAGUGGAGACAAUGACGAGCAGUGGAUUGUUGACCGUUUGAAUUUAACAGACAGUUAUGUUUACGAAGUGGACAUAGGCUUGCAGUGCAAGUCCGAUGAGUAUGCUGUUGAAUUACGACAAAGAGAUUAUACUUUUUCUGUAGAUAAAAACGUAUUAUUAGUUACGCAUAGGAACGAUAGAAGGAAAACAGAUAGUCUGAUGAAAGGGGAAUGGUGCAUCGAUCAAGGGUACAACAUCGAAGAUAUGGUUGCCAAGGUUUGCACUCGAAAUUGCGCUGCUUUUAGUGCCUUUUGCGUUCGUAAAUGCUGUCCUGAAGGAUACCAUUAUAAAGUAAGAAGAUGCAAUAGUUUAGUAAGUUCCUGUGUACCUAACGUUGACGAGCAAGACUAUUUCCAACCAACGUAUUACUUGGAACCAUUAAGGAAUGAUUACUUCAGUUUGACAGAUGUAAUGGGAAUCCGUACAAACUUAGACUGCCCGGACGGAAAGUUUGUGCUGAACAGAUCGGACCCUCGUGACAAUCACCGUUUGACUGCCGAGGGUUUGCUGGAAUCUUCGAUAUCUCUCACAAACGACUACUGUAUAGAAAUGUUCGAUCGCAGACAUUGUCCAGAGAAUGACGUCAUUUCUAGUACCGUCCUCUGCUUCAUUGCAGCGGAGAAGAUAAAGGAUUUUCGGGUAGCUUUCGUGAUAAAUAGUAUAUCAAGCGUUUGCUUGGCGCUAACGCUGAUCGUUUACUGCGCGCUGCCCGAGCUUCGGAACCUGCACGGCCAGACGCUCAUCUGCCACGUCAGUAUGAUGCUCCUCGCUUACUCCUGCCUCGCGAGAGUACAGUAUAGCCCUGUUCUUGACAAACUCACAUGUAAAUUACUCGGGUACGGUAUCUAUUUCGGCUUCGUGGCGGCGUUCGGCUGGCUGAACGUCAUGUGCUUCGACAUAUGGUGGACAUUUGGGAGUGUGAGAACAGUUCAACCUUUAAGGAAGAGUAGUUCUGAACGUCGUCGUUUUAUUUGGUAUUCAAUGUACGCCUGGAGUAUUGCAGUCAUUUUGACGCUGACCAUGUUCCUUUUGGACCGGUAUUCUAUUUCAAUCAUCCUCGAUGCCAAUAUCGGAAAUGGUGCCUGCUGGUUUGGAUCACUUCAGAACGUGCAGUCAGAUUGGCCCCAUUACAUAUAUUUUGUAAUACCAAUAGGCAUUAUAACGGGCACUAACUUUAUCUUAUGGAUAUUGACUGCGCGACACUGCGCCCGCGUCAAGUCCGAGGUGCACCGCUUGCAGGCCGGCUCCGUCGGUGACCGCGCCAAGCGACGUUUUCGUCUUGAUAGAGCUAAAUACGUAUUGACUGGCAAACUAUGGGUAGUUAUGGGCGCUGGCUGGGUGUCGGAACUGCUCUCUACUAUCGUAACACAGCCUCCCUGGCUUUGGACUAUCGUCGAUCUAUUCAAUGAGCUUCAGGGUGUUUUCAUUUUCCUCAUUCUGGUAGUCAAACCUAAGCUGUACUACCUGAUAAGAAAGCGCUUAGGUUGUUCUCGGACUCCAAUAGACACAAGGCUGGAGAAACCGGACUCGCAGAAGAAUGGCACCUCCUCAUCGGCCCGCACCUCCUCCACCUUCCUGUCGAGGACAAUUAGCUCCGAUGAACGCGCUAAUUUACGAACCUACCAACAUAAUAACCAUAAGCAAUCUUAAUGUAUGUCUGACUUGUGUUAUGUUUCUAGAAAGUCUUUCUCAAACAUUUAUUUGUAGAAUUUAUGUAGCAUGCUGUGAAUUAUAUAAUAAUUUUGCUGUAUAUUGCUGAUGGAAUGCUUGGUAAAAAUUAAAAACAAUCUAUUGUAGUUUUCGAGGGUAAACAAAAGUGUAAGCACACAAAAGAGGUACCGCCAUUCACAAAAAUAAAUGCGGAAACUGUUUCGUGUAAUUUACCAUUGAAUAAACAAUUUUCUUUCACUCGUCUGAUCAUAACAUCCAUUAUACUGAUUUACAUUGCAUUGUUUAGAAAGACUUUUCUAGGGAAUUAACUGUGUGAAAAUGGCUUAACUUGAAUUACAUUAAUUUUUGUCCAUUAAUCGUUCUUACGAAUUGUAACGAAUUAUUAUUGUUUUUCAUGCUUUGUGAAUCUCUAUGAUAAGCUAUCUACAAGAAGGAACGUAAUGCAAAGAAACAAUUCCUUAUUUAAACAUUGACAUUACAAAAUAUGUUAAGUUCGUUUAAUUUAAAAAAGGACGAUAGAUUAACAAUGAGUAGUCAUGUAAGAAAUCAUAUUUAGCCGGAAUUGAGCUUAGCCAGAAUAUGUUAAAUAUAUGUUUAAAAAACCUGAAAGUUGAAUGUAUUUGUCUAAUACUACGGCAUCGCUAAAAAUAGCACAGUUUAAAGAAACCCAAAUAUAUCUAGUCAUAACGUAAUUAGGUAUUCCCGUUUAUUAUGUAUGUAAUGCAUAUGUUGAUGUUAAGCUUAAUAAGUAGUAUAUAAGUAAUCACCAUAAAUUGAAAGUAAGAUAAGGCGUACUCUUGUAGUAAUUACAUUUCACUUACGCAAUACUUAACUAUUAUCCCACCUAAUUUCGUAUGAGUAAUUUUUUUAUGUAAAUCGCGUUAAUUAUGUACUUAAGGAUUCAAUAUUUUAGUAUUAUAAGUAAUAGUUUGAAAUGAUUUAGUACUUGUUAAAUUCUCCGUAGAACGAACCUAUUCCAAUUUUGACAUACAUGUUUUGUCACCAUAUUAUUCUAAUUAAAAUGUGCACUUUGUGUAUUUUUAAGUGCUUUUAUAAAAAAAAAACUAUAAAGCAUAAUGGUACCGUGUUAUUGCCAAGGCUUUAUAUUUUUAGUUACUAAGUAAAAAAAAACCGGUUGUACAUGACAUCUGACUAAUUGAGAUUUGAGACUCUGCAGUUUUUUUAUAUAGUUUUAUGAAAUUCAUUUGUUUCGUUACCACGAGUUAUCAACUAACGUAUGUUAUCAUAUAUC